GAAGCUAUCCAGAUAAUACUCUUGGUUGGUGAGGAGAAUCGAUUACCGGAGCCAUGGCGUCGCUCUGCUCUGCGAGGUUGCUUCCUUCUUUCUCGCCUGAUGUUCUGGUGCCGACGAAGAUGUCCUCCUCUUCUUCGAUGCACCACGACUCGCGUUCGCUUGGUUGCUCUUUGCCACGUGUCCACGGUUUCUCGUCCGUCCGCAGACCUUCACCUAGCAAUAGAAGAGGGAAUAAAAGUCAGCUGCAAGUCGUGGCUAUGGCACCCGAGGAAGAGAAGCUCACUCGUCGCAAUCCUCUCGAUUUCCCUAUUGAGUGGGAGAGGCCUAAACCUGGGAGGAGACCUGAUAUUUUCCCCAAGUUUAGCCCAAUGAAGACACCAUUGCCACCACCGAUGCCUUAUGAUCCUCCAGCAGAAGACGAAGAAGAAGAGGAAGAGAAGAAAGAAGAGGAAGAAGAAAACCCUGAGCAAGAAGAAGAGGACCAACCUGAGAAGCAGCAAUAGAUUUUUAUACUUUGCGAGAAAAAAAAGGGUUGGAACGUCGAGAUCUAAAGAGACUUUCUGUUUCUGAUUUUUGUAGUGUUUUUGGAGGAGAAAAAAACGAAAUUCAUCGUUCUCAUAUUUAGUUGCUAGUCUAUACUAUUAAAACAGAAGUCAUGACUUAUUUCAAGUGUGAUAUUUAAAAAUGAAUCAUUCUUUAUAAU